UUUUUUGUCACUGAGCUGUACUUAACAGAAAGAGAAAGAAGUCCAGGAAGCCGGCUGCCUCUACUGUCUGCUGCUUCCUCCUCAGCCUCCCUCCCUUUUCUCUCUCCUCCCUCCCUCUCCCUCUCUCUCCUUCUCUCUCAGUCUAGCUCACACACAUUACACACAUCACCUCCACACCCACACCCAAGGAUACCCUCCCUGUCUCUCCACCUCUGUCCCUCAACCCCUCCAGCCACAUUUUUUUCCUGCCUCUGGGGUGGAGAUGCUCGCCUGACCCUGUUUCUUUCACACUCCCAAGACUUUUGUGGAUGCUCCUCUCUUUCAAUUACCCCAGCUCUGCUACUUUGUUGCUGCUGCCGCUGCUGCUGCUGCUGCUACCUGUGGAGGUUCCCUGGUUCUGUGGUCCACAGACUGCCUGCUGUCGCACAGAGUGCUGCCCCACAGAGAGGCACCAUGCUGGGAGUGGAUGUGUGUGAGUUUGGGGGUCAGGUACUGGAGCUGCUGUGGCUAACUAUGUGCUACAGAGGUCUGAUGGCCGACAAGAAGGAGUCGCCCAUUGAGGAGGAAGAGGACGAGAGAAACCUCAACUACAAUCCUCCAGCCCAGAAGUCUUUACUGGAAAUUCAGGAGCUGGACAAAGAUGAUGAGAGUCUGGUCAAGUACAAACAGACCCUGCUGGGGAGGGGACCAGUCACAGCAGACUUGUCUGGAGCCAACGUCAGUGUGACCAGGAUGACCCUGUUAUGUGACCAGGCUCCUGGACCGGUCACCAUGGACCUGACAGGCGACCUGAACGCUCUGAAGGAGAAGAGCGUCUCCUUACAGGAGGGAGCGCAGUACAGAAUAAAAAUGUACUUCAAGGUGAACAGAGACAUCGUUGCUGGCUUGAAGUAUCAUCAUGUGGUUUUCAGAAAAGGAAUAAAAGUGGACAAGGUGUCGUUCAUGGUGGGAAGUUAUGGCCCGAGGGCAGAGGAGCACGACUUUUUGAGCCCGAGUACUGAGGCGCCGAGGGGCAUCAUGUUACGCGGCAACUAUCAGAUCAAGUCCAGCCUCACUGAUGACGAUAAGAACGUCUAUUUGGCCUGGGAGUGGAGCCUGGACAUCAAGAAGGACUGGAACGAAUAAAGGAAAGAGAGAAAGAGAUGUGAUGCUACUCUCUUUCCUUCUUUAACUCCCAGUCUUCGCCUUUCUGUCUUCUUCCCCCUGUUUAACCCUCCUCUACAUUGUCCUGUGAGAGCAGCCGUCACAAAGGCCAAAAGAGGAGGCUCUGCUUCUCCUGUUUUUCCCUCUUUCUCCUCGUCCAUCUGGUUUAAUCCUUGUCUGCUCAUGAGGCUCUCCUGAAACCUGUCACCUGCUGGGACUUUUAGAGGGCAGAAUCCUCACUUUCUCUCCCCUUUAUCCUGCAUUACAUCUUCAUCUAUAAGUUCUCCACAUGAUGGAAUCUGCCUCUUUAUUUACUAUCAGUCUCUUCCUCCUCAUCCUGUCAUACAGCCAUACAUUAACAGCAGGGGACCUAAAGCUGUAGUGCGUAACUUUUAAAUACGAACAUUCAUUCAAGCCUUUGUCACAUGAGCUCAAACAAUGCUGGGUAGGCUCAUCAGCUCCAUGUGACUCUCUCUGUGCUUCUCAAUAUAGCUGUGUUUAGAUCUGUUUUGAUCUCGGGACAUUUCCGUGCUGCACACAGGAAGUGAGCUGUUCUAUGGUGACAGACAGAGGUAACAGCAACUUGACUGAAAACACAAAGAAGUGGCCACAAAGGUUACUGUUUAAGAAAACUGACCACAGACAGAAUAAUAAUGUCAGCAACAACAACAACAACAACAACAAAACAAAUCACUGGAAGUUACGCACUGCAGCUUUAAAGGGAAGUCAGCUCAGGCACAAAGGGAAGUGUACUAUACAUACAUGCAUACAUACAAUGACACAUUUUCCACCUACUCAAGUGUGACGCACGUGUCUUUGUUAGUAUCAUACACAGUUAUUUUCCCAUUCAGUCUGCACAUUGCUUGCAUUCCAAAAACACUUGCACCCAUAUGAGCACCCAUGGGUGUGUGUUGGUCUUAAAAUGAGCAGGUGUGUUUAAGAGAAGUGGUUGGUGGCGCUCUGGCACUGUGAUGUUACAACCAAAACACCCCCAUUAUUAUUAUUCUUCUUAUUAUUAUUAGACUCAAAAGAGACUUUUGACUCAUGCAAAUGACUCAGUGACCUUUUGUUCUGCGUUUAAAAUAAUACUUAGAUUUCGAUAUGUGCGCGAAGCAUUAGGAGUUUGACAAUAUGGUUCGCUUUAGUACAAUGUACUGCCGCGUGUUGUGUCAAACAGUCUUUACGAGACAAAAGAGCUGAUUGAGUUCACUGUGAUGCUCAGCAGGGUUUCUGGAAAAGGAGACGCUGACUCGUAGACAGAGUUGAACAGGGGUUAGAGGGAGACACAUCUGAAAACUAACAAUGAUAGGUGAUUUUUCUGACUCAUUGCCGUUUGGAUGUAUCAGAGGCUGCAACAUGGAGGCUUUUCAGGGUUGUUGGAGUCAGGUGGUGUUAAAACUCAGUCAAAUAUAGACUCAGGCGUGAUAGAAAUUAGUUUCUUUUUUUUCAAUUAUUAUUCAAUGAAACUUACGGUCGGUGACAGUUCUCAGUCGUCCAGGUCAUAAUCUUCUUCAGUAGUUAGCUGUGGGCGACUGGACUUGCUUGAGUUGAGUUGAACACGUUUCACCUCUCGUCCAAGAGGCUUCUUCAGUUCUGACUAACUAGUGGAAAGGACCAAGUACCACAGCUAACUCCUGAAGAAACAAAUGAAACUUCUGCUUCCCAGUGUAAAUGUCAGUGUGUCUAUUUCAAAAUCAUGAGGGUAAAAGCUCAGAGAAUAAUCAUCUCCAAACUAAAUUCAGCAUCUUAAUUCAAUUAAAAUGCAUUUUUAUUCAAAUGCUGGAGUUGGAGCUUGUGGUGUCACAAACUGUUACUAUACAAAUUAUAAGGAGGAAAAUAAUAUAAAAGAUGUGUAAAUGAACAUAAGAUCACAUAUUUGAACUCUUUGUGUUCCUUUAUAUGUUUUGUUUUACAUGCUAUUUAAAGAUUGAUGAUAGGAUGAGGUUAAGUUUAUUAUGCGGCAUAUUUUUCUUAUUUUCAUAUCAUGAUAUUAACAUAUUAAAAAAAAUCACAUUUUACAUUAUUUACAUCAUCAGUGUACAGUUUUGAUGCGAUAAAAAGAAUAAUGUUUUAGAGCAUUUCAACAAAAUGCCACAAUAGACAAUAAAAUUCUGUCUUUGAACACCUUUAAUAUACAGUACUAUUAGGAAAGAAAAAAAAGACUUUCGCUUGACCUCUUCUCCCUGUGUACAUUACAUGCAUUUAAUCAUGAACUUCCAUUUUUAUUCAAUUCAGUUUGCUUUCAAGCACCAGUUUUCCCCAAGUCUUUGUGGAGGUUUCUCAAAGAGCAGCCCAGAGAAAGACUGUAACUGAACUGUGUAUAUUGUAGAAAGAGAUGCAUGUACAUGUCCUGUAGGAUUUUAUACUGUUCUCAUAGUCAGCGGAAACAAAAUUAGCCCUUUCUAAGCAUCUCUCCUGUACCAAGGACAUACAAAUGUGAUUUCAAAUUAUCCUUUGAAUCUUUUAAUGAAACAUUUACGAUGGUAGCUGGAGAACAGUGACAGUGUAUAGGGAGGAAUCUAUUUCCCCCUCAAAAGUAAGAAAACUAUAUCAUUAUUGUGUCAAGUCUUUGGAUAUGAUAUUAUCAUUGUUGAACAUAAUGAACAUUGAACUACCAUUUGAAAUUGUUGUGAUCUAACUGUAAAUGUUUGUUGGGUGUUGCAUGGUUUAACGAGACUCUCUUCCCCUUUUUUUACAACUUUAUUGUUACAAAUUUAAUGUGAUAAAAAAAAAAGAAGAAGAAGAAAAUGAAAAUAUACCGAUGCAAUAUACAGAUGUCAAUUGUUGCCAGAUAUUGCAGAUACUGCAGUAUUUCCAGGGAUGUUUUUAACGGCACUGGUAGCAGCGGUGUCACAUGCCCCCCAGUCUGUAACAAUCAAGUGCCGCACUUUCAAGUAUUGGUGUCUAAUCUACAGUAGCAUCCUGUAUCUCUGAAUAAAGGCAAAUUCAAACAAUCA